AUGCAAAGUUUCACUCUGUUUUCCAUUUCUCUAGUCAUCGUUUUGGCAACAAGCUACAGCGAUGCUUUCACCAUAAACGAUUUUCCUGAGGAUUUUCUCUUCGGAGCUGCCACUUCUGCUUAUCAGUGGGAAGGAGCUGCAGAAGAAGAUGGAAGGACUCCUAGCGUUUGGGAUACUUUCUCCCACUCUGAUGACAAAGGUAAUGGAGAUAUAGCAUGUGAUGGUUAUCACAAAUAUAAGGAAGAUGUUAAGCUGAUGGCAGAGAUGGGUUUAGAAGCAUUCAGAUUCUCUAUCUCGUGGACAAGGCUCAUACCUAAUGGGAGAGGACUCGUUAACCCAAAAGGUUUAAAUUUUUACAAGGACCUCAUCAAAGAACUACGAAGCCAUGGAAUCGAACCACAUGUUACACUUCACCACUUUGAUUUUCCUCAAGCCCUUGAAGAUGAGUACGGAGGAUGGAUCAACCGCAAAAUCAUAGAAGACUUCACUGCUUUUGCAGAUGUAUGCUUCAGAGAGUUUGGGGAUGAUGUCAAGUUAUGGACAACAAUCGAUGAAGCUAACAUAUUCGCCAUUGGUGCUUAUAGCCAAGGAAUUGUGGCCCCUGGACAUUGUUCUACUCCCGAAUGCUCCACUGGAAAUUCUUCUACUGAACCAUAUAUUGUAGGCCAUAACUUAUUGCUAGCUCAUGCUUCUGCUUCAAAAUUGUAUAGACUAAAGUACAAGAAUAAGCAGAGAGGAUCCAUAGGCCUUAGCUUAUAUGCACUCGGGUUAUCUCCUUAUACUAACUCAAAGGAAGAUGAAAUCGCAACUGAGAGAGCUAAAGAUUUCUUCCAUGGCUGGAUGUUGAAGCCUUUGGUAUUUGGGGACUAUCCGGAAGAAAUGAAGAGAAUCGUGGGGUUGAGGUUACCUGUUUUCUCAGAGGAAGAGUCAGAGGAAGUGAAAGGAUCAUCUGAUUAUGUAGGAAUAAUCCACUACGCGACAGUCUAUGUGACAAACAGUAGACCAACUCCUUCUCUCCUUCCCAGCUUCUACACAGACAUGGGCAUAGAUACGAUCUACAUUGGGAAUUCUUCAUUCGAUACGUCGGUUUCAACUCCAUGGGGUUUUGAAAAUUUCUUGGAGUAUAUGAAACAGAGCUAUAACAAUCCUCCUAUCUACGUUCUUGAAAACGGUUUACGGAUGAAACACAAGUCGACGCUACAAGACUCAGAAAGAGUGGAAUACAUUGAAGCUUACAUUGGUGCUAUGCUCAACGCCAUCAAGAAUGGAUCGGACACGAGAGGUUACUUUUUAUGGUCGAUGAUUGAUUUGUUCGAGUUAGUAGGUGGAUACGAGAAGAGCUUUGGAUUGUACUUUGUGAAUUUCAGCGAUCCUGGUCUCAAGAGGUCUCCAAAGCUCUCUGCUUCUUGGUACACUGGUUUCCUCAAUGGUACAAUUGAUGUUGUUACUCAAGAAAUAACUCAGUUGCAAAGAAACUUAUCUGCUUCUUCUUCUUUGUAA